AGAUAACCGACCUAUCAACAAAACACUACACAAGGAGGUUCUCUACCGAUGACAGGCAUUUCUGCAUUUCUAUUUAAUUUAACAACUUUCAUAUUCCUUCAACAAAAUGAAUACUAUAUAAAAUCAGCUCUUGAUACACCCGAUCUAACUCUACAUUACCAUGAUAUUAUCGAGAACGAAACCGGCAGUUGCCCCAUCAGAUGGACGUAAUGACCAGCCUGGUCCAUCCAGGAGUCUGCCAUCGUUGAAUGAUUUCCUUUCUAGGAGAGAUUAUACUGGAGCAAUCACAUUGCUGGAGUUCGAUCAGAGCAGUGGCAAAGGAACAGAAACCACAGAUCUAUGGCUUGGAUAUUGUGCAUUCCACCUGGGCGACUACAAGAAGGCCUUGUCCAUCUAUCAGACUCUGUCUCACAUGCCGAAGCCUCCACCUGACACGGCCGCAAAUCUUGCCUGCUGCUAUUUUUUCCUCGGAAUGUAUCCUCAAGCUGAAAAGGCACUGGAAACUGCGGAUGGCUCACCGCUGAAAACGCGACUACAAUUUCAUUUGGCGCAUAAAUUGGGAGAUGAGAAGAAACUCAUGGAACACCAUCAGCACCUUCAAGACAUAAUACAGGAUCAACUCAGCCUGGCUUCCAUACAUUACCUGCGAUCCCACUAUCAGGAGGCUAUAGACAUUUACAAGAGGAUUUUGCUUGAUAAUCGAGAAUACUUGGCUCUGAACGUGUACGUGGCGCUGUGCUACUAUAAGCUGGACUACUACGAUGUCUCCCAGGAGGUGCUGGCUGUUUAUUUGCAAAAAUACCCGGACUCGGCCAUAGCAAUCAACCUGAAAGCGUGCAAUCAUUUUCGACUCUACAAUGGAAAGGCAGCUGAGUCGGAAAUGAAAACACUUCUCGAUCAAAGUUCAAGCUCAUUCAAUUUCGGUCAUGACUUGAUCAAACACAACUUGGUGGUGUUUAGAGGGGGAACUGGAUCAUUACAAGUACUGCCUUCACUAGUCGAUGUCAUUCCUGAGGCUAGACUGAAUCUGGUUAUCUAUCAUCUAAGACAAGAUGAAUACCAAGAAGCAUUCGCAUUGAUAAGGGAUCUCGAGCCUUCUGUUCCUCAAGAAUACAUUUUGAAAGGCAUUGUGAAUGUUGCAAUCGGCCAAGAAACUGGUUCAAGAGAUCACAUGAAAGUAGCUCAGCAAUUCUUCCAGUUGGUUGGCAGUAGCGCGAGUGAAUGUGACACAAUUCCAGGUCGACAAUGCAUGGCCUCCUCGUUCUUCCUGCAGAGGCAGUUUGAGGAUGUACAACUAUAUCUGAGUUCAAUCAAAAGCUACUACUUCAACGAUGACAGCUUCAAUUUCAACUAUGCUCAGGCAAAGGCUGCAUUGGGCAAUUACAAAGAAGCGGAGGAAACAUUUCUAUUGAUUCAAAAUGACAAACUGCAAAACGAAUAUGUGUACAUAAGCCAUUUGGCUAGAUGUUACAUAAUGAACGGCAAACCGCAAUCAGCAUGGGAGCUGUACCUGAAGAUGGAGACGUGUUCGGAGUCGUUCUCUCUGCUGCAGGUGAUCAGCAACGACUGCUAUCGUAUGGGCCACUUCUGGCACGCGCUCAAGGCAUUCGACAUGUUGGAGCGUCUCGACCCCAACCCCGAGCACUGGGAGGGCAAGCGUGGCGCCUGUGCCGGCGUCUUCCAGAUGAUCAUUGCCGGCAAACAUCCAAAGACUCAGCUGACAGACGUGAUACAACUUCUAAGGAAUUCAGCAAGUUCACAAGUGGAAAACAUUAUUCGAACAAUAAAAAGAUGGGCUAAGGAGAACCAUAUAAAUGUUUAAUGAUAGGAAUAUAUUUGUAACAAAUUUAAAAGAAUUCAUUCUUUCUAAAUUGUGUAUUUCUUCCAAUACCAUGGAAACUGAAGAAAGACGUCAAUUUAAUUAUGAAAAACGUUUAUUAUUCUAAAAUGUAAUCAACCAAGUUUUAGAAUACCAGAAAUGUUCAUAAUAUUAUUGUUAAACUGUGUUACUGAUUUAUAUAAUGACGGUUUUAUUUGAUAAUGUGGAGAAGUUAGAACAUAAACGUCCACGAUUUAAGUAUGGCUCUAAUAAACUGUUGGACGUUUUCCGAUGUUUGAUUCAUAUAAAAUUUACAUUUUACUAUAAAACUAUGACAUUUUUCACAAAUUUAGAGGUUUCGAGUUUGUAGAGAUAAAGAGUUUUGGUUCAACAGAACACAUCAUGGAUUAAUGGAUCAGGAUAGGAUUAGCAGAUUUAACGGAUGGAACAGUAGGAAAAAUUUUAAACCAACUUAUGAAAAAAGAUCAUUUAUUUACAUUCAAGAUAUUUAUAACACUGAUAUUUACACGUCAUUACAUCGAUUUCAAUCUAUUCUGAUGCCAGUGAAUUGAAUACAUAUUUCAAAUUUAUUUUAUUACCUAUAUUUUCACUGUAAUAUAUACCAUGAUGAAUGAAGGAAUUCGUUACUUGAAGUAAAUAAACAUUUCAUUGAACAACAAUAGUUCUAUUUCAACAGUAUUAAUUUAGAAAUAUAUUAAAAUUAUUUUAAGAGAAAUUUUAAAAAAUAACCAAUUAAAACAGGUAAUUAAUAUUGAACCUCUCAACUUUCGAUACUAUUAAAUUAUCUAAAUAAAUUAGAUUUUUAGAUCUUAAAAAUAACCAAUUAAAACCAAAUUUAUUAGAUAAUCAAACAGAUUAUCUAAAUAAAUUAAGAAUUUCAAAUCUUGAAAAAUAACCAAUUAAAACAAAUUAUUAAUAUAGAACCUCUCAACUUUCGAUUAUAUUAAAUUAUUUUACCUGAUUCAUUAGUUGUACCCUAAGAGAGUUUCAGGUUCAUGUAUAACAAUAAUUCUAGUUGAAAGACCAUGAUUCUGAUGACAUCAAAUUCUUGAAGUUUUAGUUCAAUGAUAACAUUUGUUUAUUCACAUAUUAAAGUCAUACUCAUUGUGCUGAAUAGUUAUGCUUGUCAUCACAAUAAGUACAAAAUUACAAUCAAAUUUGAGCAUUUAAACCCCGCAGCAAGAUAAGGCAUGCGGGCUUGCGGGGUUUAAACACAAGUAUUUCCCUGAACCUAAUCCUGUUCCCUCCAACCUUCCAUGAAUAAAAAUAUUUUGCAGAAAAUAAUGAAACUAAUUGAUAAGAAAAACUUUCUUACGUAAAAAUGCAAUACUAAAAUCAUGGUCUUGUAACAGAAUUAUGUUUGAACAUAGAUAACAUUUUAACCUAGUUUGAAUAAAUAAAAAUUAAAAUUGAAGUUUCCCUACGUUAAUAGGGCUCUGAUGAUAUCAGUAUAGUUAAAAGAAACGUACCUCACUGUUGGGUUAAAACCAAUGCAUAUAUUAAAUGUCUAUAAGAGGGCAUAACUUAUCCGUACCAUGCAUUCUGAAAAGAACAAAAAAAAUUAUAAAAUAUGGCUAGUAAACAUGGAGUUCUCAAUUCCUUACAAAAUAUCGGAAUAAUUUUUCUGCUCAUUCAAGAUUUAUAAUCAGUUACUAAUUAGUAUGAGGAAGUCUUGAAGCGAACCCUUCAAUAAUAAUAUUGAUAAAUCAUCACAAUACUACCUAAUAUUCAAUGAAACAAGAUUAUAUUAAAACAAUUUGGUAAAAAUAAAAUUUGGUCGAAAUAAAUAAUUUAUAUACAUAAUUAAAAUUGCACUUCUAAAACUAAAAA